AUGGCUCGAAAGUAUGGCGACAAAACCUUAAAAUUUAUUCCUAAGACAGAAUUAAGCAAGAUGGUUGAACUACUUGAACUCAGAGAAGGUAACGUUAUCGAACGGCAAUAUAUUUUGCAGGACUUGCUGUUGAUAUCAACAACAAGGUUUGUUAUGAAAAUGUACUGAAUGUGUACUACAAUGAUAUUAAUAGGAAAUUACACUUGUUCUCGAAACACUCGUGCAAUUUCGCCAAACACUCGUGCAAUUUUUCAUUAAUACUUCUCGAACCGAGUAAUUUCCUAUACUAAUUAUGUUUUAUAAUAAGGUAUCAAAAAUUCUAACGUAAGAGAUGGUGUUGACAAUUGGCUGAUGGAAGAUUUAUUUAUUUGUUCGAUGUUUUCAACUGAAGUUUUAUUGAUUGACAGAAAAAAACUACCAACCGUUAACGUUUCACGUUUUUGUAGUGACCCCCCUGAUUUCAAAUUUUUGGGCGCCCCUUCUCAAAUUUAUUCAAAUACAUAGUUGAUGAAUUCUACAAGGGUGUCCAAGUUUGUCAUAGAACGCCUAGCAGAUAUCAACAAUUUCAAGAUGGCGGAUUUUUUUGAUUAUAAGAUUAUUUUAAACGAGUUGGGUAAUGUGUGUGGUAAGGGAUUUGAUGGGUUAAAACGUUAUUGCCAGCAACUUAAUAAUGUUAUUGGAAAAUGCGUGUGGAAAAAGGACUAUGAUAAGUUUAAGAUCGACUUUUUUGCGCUGCAAUAUUUACCGCAGGAGUUUUCAGGAUUUGUUCCAUUAGACGCGACUGAUUAUUCGGCUUAUUCCGACUGUUUUCGGUCGUUCUCUACGCUAGUCUUUGGCAACGAAGAAAGGCAUAAUAAGUUGCGAGUGCGUUGUGUCGUGGAGAUGACCUUAUUUAAGGAGUUUUACUUGUCUAAAGAAAUUACGUACAACGAGUCGUAA